CUUUUUUGUACGAGGAUUCUAUAUCUGUAGCGCUGAGGAAUUUAGAAACUUCACACCGAGGACUCUAGAACUGUAUCCACAUGAAUGGACUUAAACCUUCAUACAGAGACAAACAUCGCAUACACAUCUGUAUAUACCAGCUCUAUAGAUAUAGAGCAUGGCUCAAGUAAAAGUGCAGACCUCAGCGCACGCCGUGCCCUCCAUCAACGGCACUGUGCCCACCGUCCCACCAGCUCCUCCCCAGGAUAACAUGGCAAACCCUAAAGAGAAAACUCCGAUGUGUCUGGUGAAUGAGUUAGCCCGUUUCAACCGGAUCCAGCCGCAGUACAAACUGCUGAACGAGCGGGGGCCUGCGCACGCCAAGAUCUUCACUGUACAGUUGUGUUUAGGUGAGCAGAUGUGGGAAGCUGAAGGCUCCAGCAUUAAGAAAGCUCAGCACUUGACAGCCAAUAAAGCGCUAGCAGAAUGCACGCUGCCCUGCCCCCCGCCACGCAUCACUAAACCAGACACACACACCAAUCCAGGCAGCAUCACCCCCACUGUGGAGCUGAAUGGAUUGGCGAUGAAGCGAGGAGAACCUGCCAUCUACAGGCCGCUGGAACCCAGAACCCCCCACAGGGCCAAUUACAACUUCAGAGGAAUAUUCAAUCAGAGGUAUCACUCUACGGUCCCCAGGGUGUUCUACGUGCAGCUGACUGUAGGCAGUAAUGAUUUUUAUGGUGAAGGUCGAACACGUCAAGCAGCUCGGCACAACGCAGCCAUGAAAGCUUUGCAGGCGCUGAGAAAUGAACCCAUUCCAGAAAAGCAACUUCAGAGUCUGGAGGACAAAAAAGGCUCAGAGGAGGAGAGCGACGCAAAUAAAUCUGAAAUCAGCCUGGUGUAUGAGAUUGCACUGAAGAGGAACAUGCCUGUGAAUUUUGAGGUGCUGAAGGAGAGUGGCCCGCCCCACAUGAAGAGCUUCCUGACCCGUGUGACGGUGGGCGAGUUCUCUGCUGAGGGUGAGGGCAACAGCAAGAAGCUGUCGAAGAAGCGUGCAGCUUCCUCCAUCCUGCAGGAGCUGAAGAAGCUGCCCUUCAUCCCUAUAGUGGAGAAGCCCAAAGUGCACUACAAGAAACGGCCCAAGACCAUACUGAAGGCUGGCCCAGAGUAUGGUCAGGGAAUGAACCCCAUCAGCCGACUCGCUCAGAUCCAGCAGGCUAAACGAGAGAAAGAGCCCGAGUACACACUGCUGUCCGAGAGAGGCUUGCCACGCCGCCGAGAGUUCAUCAUGCAGGUGAAGGUGGGUGAUGAAGUGACCUCAGGAACAGGGUCGAAUAAGAAAGUCGCUAAACGUGCAGCUGCAGAGGCAAUGCUGCUCCAUCUGGGAUACAAAGCCUCCACGCCUAUUCAGAACACACAGGAGAAGCCACACAUGGACAACAAAAGCUGGAAUGGACAAAGAGCCUCUUUCCCUGAAGCCAGCACUAACACGCAGAAAGGAAUCCUCCACCUAUCUCCGGACGUGUAUCAGGAGAUGGAGGCCAGCAGGAAUAAAGGUGCCACUGUGCCCUCGGUCACCCCCAUGACCCCUGUGACCUAUAUGAACCCUAAAGAAGUGAGCGUGGCACCGUUUUACAACAACAGCGCCUCAAAGACAGCCGCCAUGGCACGGGAGCUGCUGAACAAAACGCCAAAAACACCCACCAUCCCCUGCAGCUCCGUUCAGCCAUCGCAGCAGCUCGAGUACCUCGCUCACAUUCAGGGCUUCCAGGUGCAGUAUACGGACAGACAGACGGACACAGAGUUUGUGACAUAUCUCACUCUCUCGCCCGUUCAGAUGACGUUCCACGGCAUUGGGAGCUCCAUACAGGCCAGCCAUGACCAGGCGGCUCUGAGUGCCUUGAAGCAGCUUUCCGAGCAGGGACUUGACCCAGUGGACGGAGGAGUCAAGGUGGAGAAUGGACCCUGUGAAAUAUCAGUCAAGCAUCCGGAUGGGAAACAGACUAACUCAGGCUCUCAGGACUGCGCAGAUCCAAACGCUGUCGCGUAGGGAACCGAGUCUUCGCGAACGCCGCUGGAUCCCUCAGAACAUCGACACACAACAGGGUGGAUGUGUCUUGACAACAUGACGUAGAACAACACACACUCGCUCUCAGUCUAUGUGAAGACAACACUAUCUUAUCCUUUAGUUAAUAUGGAAAUUUAACUUGCUAACAAAUGUUGAAGAAAAAAAAAAAAAGAAACCAAACUAAAAAAGAAGAACUAACGUGAUAAUGAGUUAAUGCAUGGUACUGUGUUGACUUUAAGGGAAAUCUAAGUAUUACACAUUUCCCUGAUUGAUAGAUGUUUUUUUUUUUUUACAUUUUGUUUUAGUCUCUUAUGGAUCAAGCAGGUGUGUAUCAUGCCAUGAAAUGAAAUUCUGUAAUUGGUGUGAUGGGGGAGGGGGGCUUACGUACCUUAUUUUCUUUCUCAAUAGCAGUGCUUAAGUGCGUGAAGAUUAACAGACGAUGGCAGUGCUGUAAAAGUUGUAGUUGUUGUCUUCAUAUAUAAUCACUCAGCUUAGCGUUUAUGCUGAUGUUCAUGUAUCUGUACGGAUGUGUACAAGUAUCACACGAAGGAGAAGAAAAAAAAAGUGAACAAACUGACAGAGACAGAAUUAGCUGAUCACUUUCUUUACCUCUAAUCCACGUAACCCUUUCACCUAAACAUUCAUCCCAUCACUGUCUCCUUCUUUCUGCUCAUAACUUGAUUAUUCAAACAAACUCCACCUACUUUUUUAAAUAUGUAUCCAGGCUUACCCUGACCUCGCCCUGCCCCACACCCUGAUUUUGCUCCACACCCUGAACUCACCUUUGCCCACACCCUGACCUUGCCCUGCUCCACACUUUGACCCUGCCCUACACCCUGCUUGAUCCUGUACCUCCAUACCCUGAUCCUGCUGCAGACCCUGACCGCACUCUGAUUGCCAUCAGCACCACACCCUGCCCCUGCUCUUGGCCUACACCUGUUCUACGUCCUGAUCACACCCACACCAGUCAUUACCAGUUGUAAACGUUCAUACACAAAACCUGUGAGUUUUGCGACUUGGACAAGAUGAGUGCUAAUUCUGUUUCUGUGUUUUCUCCCAGCACAUCUACACCCUAAACGCUGUGUGUUGUAUCGACUUAAUGCAUCAACUGAGUGCUUUUAAUAACUGCAUUCUGGAGAAGUUUAGUAAAGAGAGCCUGCAUAGCUUCUCCUUCCGAACAGCUCAAUUACUUGAAUCUUUCUGUUUCCCAACAGCAUUUUCACUUUAAAUGUUUAAAUGUUGAGUUAAGGAAAUGCAGUAAAAUCACAUCAGUUUAUGCUGAAAA